AUGUCGCUCCGCGGGACCCCGGAGGAGGCCGGAGGGGCGUCCGUGCAGGGUGCGCUGUGCCUCCUGUGCGGCUUGCCGGCCGCCGGAAAAUCCACCCUGGCGCGAUCCCUCCGGGACGGGCUGCGCCGCGGGCGGGGCUGGAGCUGCGUCGUCAUCACGUACGAUGACGUCAUCCCGGAAGACUUCCUGCAGGGAGGUGCCGCGCGCUCAUUGUCGCCCUGGAAGCGAUACCGGCGCGAGCUGCUCUCCUACCUGGAGCUCCUGGUGGCCUCCCUCGCCGGCGGACGGCAGCGGCGGCGGCUCCGCGGGCCGGCCCCGCGCACCGACCCCACGUGGGGCCGUUUCGUGGCCUGCCUGCGAGGCCAGGGCCUCGGGGACCCCACGGAGGCCGGGCCCGCUGAACCCGGGCCCUUCUGCUUGGUGCUGGACGACAACUUCUACUACCGCAGCAUGCGCCACGAGGUCUACCAGCUUGCUCGGAGAUAUUCGUUAGGCUUUUGCCAGCUAUUUGUAGAUUGCCCGCUCGAGUCCUGUCUGCAGCGGAAUCGCCGGAGGAGCAGGCCGGUACCGGACGAGACCCUCCGUCUGAUGACGGAAAAGCUGGAGAUACCAAACCCGGAGAAAAACGCCUGGGAACGGAACAGCCUCACGGUUGCGAGCGUCGAAAGCAACCCCGAAGACAACGCAGAGGUGACUCGUCUAUUGCUUACGGCGUUGGAAAACCCAGUGAAAUAUUCUGAAGAAAACUUGGAGCAAAAGGAAACGGAUAGAAUUAUUUGUUCAACUAAUGUCCUCCAUCAAGCUGAUAAGACAUUCAGAGGAAUCAUCUCCCAAACCAUGAAGGACGCUAAAGACCGAAAAGCGGCCCCGGGUGCAAUGAAGCUGUUGGCGGAAGAACUCAGUCAGCUCAAGACAGAUUUUUUGGAAGAUCUACGGCAAGGAAGCGGUCCAAACAAUCCAGGUCUGCGGCCAAAUACGGACAUUACAGAUGCCAUUUCUUUAUUUCAACAGGAGAAAGACCACAUUGUACGGAAAGUUUGGAAUGGGCAUUAAACCCUCCUUGCGGUUGCCGGCUGUGGGGAAACUUGCUUUCUGGGCUUUUGACAAUUAGAUGUCACAGCAGAGCCUUUUUUGACUUUAGGGAGAGGCUGUUGCUCAAAAAGAGCAACAAUGUAAAGACUUGCUGGCGCCGAGCGCCAGAUUAAAAGCGCAAAUUCCCGCAGGCCUUCCGGCCUGGAAGCAACUGAUCCACCCGGCAAGUGAGAAAUCGGAAAAAAUCAACUAGGUUGAGGCUGGGCUUUUGACAAUUAGAUGCCACGGCAGAGCCUUUUUUGACUUUAGGGAGAGGUUGUUGAGGUUGUUGCUCAAAAAGAGCAACAACGUAAAGACUUGCUGGCACUGAGCGCUAGAUUAAAAGCGCAAAUUCCCGCAGGCCUUUCGGCCUGGAAGCAACUGAUCCACUCGGCAAGUGAGAAAUCGGAAAAAAUCAACUAGGUUGAGGCUGGGCUUUGGACAAUUAGACUGUGAGCCCACUGUUGGGUAGGGACUGUCUCUAUAUGUUGCCAAUUUGUACUUCCCAAGCGCUUAGUACAGUGCUCUGCACAUAGUAAGCGCUCAAUAAAUACGACUGAUGAUGAUGA